GCGGGCGAGUGCGAGGGCUGUGUCUCCUUAGGGGCGUCCGUCGUCGCGAGCGCCGCCGCGGGACGCGACUGCGGUGGAGAGCGAGGGCGAUGGUGCGGGCGACGGCGCGGGCGAGAGCGACCGCUGUGUGGAGUUCGGCGUGUGUACGCUGGGGCGGCAGCUGAGCUCCCAACUAGGCAGCACAGGGCGCCUGCUCGCGCGCUACAUCAGCGUUGGUGGUAACGAAGUCAAAUAACGAAUUUGGUUAAGAUUACUCUGCAAGAGAGCUCUGGAAACAACAUACCAUGAAAAUUGCUUUGAAGACUGCCUUAUUCAUCAGUGGAGUGAGAAGCCAAAAGAAGAUAAAUAUUUCUCACCACUAUGAAAACAUAGACAUGAAUAAGAUUUUCCUUUAUUAAAAUGCUCUCUUUCAUUUUUGAGCCUCUUUCAAAGUAAAGAUCUGAAGAGUUGACAGCUUAGGCGAAACAUGUAUCAGAUCUCGUCAUAUAAUCUGUACAAUAACAUUAAUAAUCUUUCUUAAUUUCUAAUUAUAGAAGAAGAUAAUAAAAAUAAAAUAUAUACUUAGAAUUGUCAUUUCUUACUAAUAAUUAUCACAAACCUCCGAUAUUGAAAGAAUAAAGGACCAACAAGUAUUUCUAGGGAGGUGAUAACGAAACAUCAUUAUAAUGAAAGCUAUUCUAAUGGUAAGAACAGAAAUGAAAAUUUGUGUAUCGGAUUCGUUCAAAAAAAAGUGUAAAAUAUAAUUACAUAAUUCGAUAUUAGAAAAAAUAUAUCUCAUACUGAAUAUUAUUCCACCAGGAAUGAUGUUCUUUAGAGUUGAAUAUUUAAGUUUUUAGACAAUGUCUAAACACAGUUAUCAUUUCAGAACUUUUAUUGCGAGGGUAAAAAUCACUUGAAUACCGUACAUUGUCUUCUCUAAUUAUAUUAAAACUAAAGCCCUCUCUCUUGAUAGGGGAAGCGGGAGUAAAGGGAGUCAACGGUAAAUUAUCGAUAAAUAUUGUAAUCAAACCAUAUUGAAAUGCAGAAACAUAUGCUUCUACCUACUAUUAGUCAUGAUAACUUUCGUCAGUUGAUCGCCGCUGCCAAAGAAAGCUUACAAAUCUUAUAGCAUUCGUACCAGGAAAGUGAGUCGUUGAUGUCAGAAAGCACUUUCAGAGAAUAAGGUCAUACUUACGUCAACGUGGAGGUUUCUGAAAGAUU